GGGCGACGAGCCGGAGCCUCCGGAAGCGCGCGCUGUUUGGUUACGGUUGGGGUGAAAUGGAGACUCGAAGAGAGCGGAGCGAAUUCCGGUGAGAUAGCACUGCGGCGAUAGAUCGGCACCAGGCGUGACGUCCUGGCGUCCAGCCUCCAGCCGUGAGCCGUGAGGUUGUUAGCAGGUGCCUGCGUGGCCGUGGGAUCGGCGUGCGGGUCUGCGGGCCUCCUCCGGGCCCGGCCGGCUGCUGGCGCUGAGGAGCAGCGCGGAGGUCGGGGCAGGACAGGGAGAGAAGCCGCCGGCAGCGAGCACGUAUCGAAGGAGACAUGAAAUCAAGUGGUGCUGUGUUCUCCAGGCAGAACCCUUUCCCUCCCGAUCCGCCCUUGUCCAAGACCCACUACAACCCCUCCCGUGCCAAGACGCUGCCCAGGCCGGAGAGGAGGACGGCCCUCAGCCCCGUCCGUCUCUCCCGGCCCCCCAGUCCCCCCCCACCGCCGGACACGCUGAGCCCCGCAGACGAGCGAUUCCUGCUGGCGGCUUCCAACCGCCUGCUCCCGGCCGGCCCCCCAGCCGCAGACCCCCAGCCCAGCUUCUCCGAGUCCUGGCCUUCCACGGACCUCGGCUCCCCCCAGGGGGCCGACUGCGCCCCCUCCCCCGGCGCCGACGCUUCUCCGCCUGCAGCCCCAGCAGGAAAGCCCCAGGCUUGGGCAGGACCUGUAGGCCCGAGGGAAGACUCUGUCUUGGCAAGGUACGUCGAGCGCUUCCGGCGCGGGCGGCCGCUGAGCCGAGAGGAGCGCCGGCGCUCCGCAACCUCGGAGGGAGAGGGGGCACGGUUCUGGUGGCUGCCCGCCUCGCCGCCUUCCAGCUCCCCCCCUGCGCUGACGUCCGAGAAAGGCUCCUCGACGGCCCGCCGGGCGGCGCGGUCCCUCUCUCCCUCUCCCCCCAGCCCCGCGGCGCGGUCCCGGCUCAGCCCCCCUGUCUCCCCGCCCAGAGCCGCUCUGGACCUCAGCCCCGCGGCUCUGUCGGACGGCUCCCCACGUGACCCCAGAGACCCGGAGAUCCUGCGGCUCCAGGAGAGGGCCAGGCGACUGGUGCAGAGGAGCGAGACCUCUCUCAGCAGCAGCUCCAUCCCUGUGAGCUCUGAAGGCCUGGGCACCCUGGACUCGUCCUCCCCCGUCAGCGUGGAUGAGCCGGUCCGCAGGCCCACGGUUCCCAGUCUCCUCGACCCUACCACUGGAUUGGUGACGCUGGCUGCUCUGCCACGCCCCUCUGCGGGGGGGCGCCCUCGUCCCGAGGACGACAUCCUCUUCCAGUGGCGCCUGCGCAGGAAGAUGGAGCUGGCCCGAGAGCGCCCCCUGCUGGUGUCCCAGGACAUCCUGCCCACCGACCGCAUGCAGGUGGGGGUUCGAGCGAAUGUUUGGGGUUUUCCUUGGUUAGUGAGCUUUGAACCUGGGCAGCUGUCCCGCUCUCUCCCAACGCUCCCAGACUCCAGGUCUCCAGGGAGACGCGCUGUUCAGUCUGUCCCAUCAGGACUCAGGGCCGGAGCCGCUGUUUGAUGUCGCCUGACCAGCUUGCAGGCAGUGACGUGUCGUUAACUGGACAGGAAAACCAGACAGAGGCACUUUGUACUGACGCCCGUGACAGACCCAGAGACCCUGGAGUCACUGCAGAUCUAAUUUACUGGUUCGGUUCUGAGUUUUGACGUCUCCAGCUGAUGGAGAAGUGGUUUGUCCUUCCUGGAACAGGACGGCGAUUUUCGGGUGAUUCUGU